AUGAUGAUUGAUGAUACCCAUCACAACCCCUCAUUUCAUCUUUAUAUAUAUAUAUAUAUAUAUAUUUACCCCAAAUCCGAAACCCUAAUCACAAUCUCUAAUCGAUUUCCCCCAAAUCCAUGGAUCCCUUCUCUUCCUCCUCCUCUCCAUCGUCCCCUUCCUCUCCUUCUCUCAAGCACAAGCUCCGCUCCUCCAUCUGCUUCUCCUGCUGCUUCCGCGCCGAUCGUGACGCCGACGACCGCCAAGCCACCUCCCUCAUGCGCUCCUCCUCCGCCUGGAUCCGAUCCAAGGCUCCCUGAGAUCGGCGACCGCUAUCGCACCUUUGUGUCUCGGAUGUCCCAGAAUCAUCACCGCCGUCGCCAUUCCGGGGAUUUCAGGUAUGAUCCUCUUGAUUAUGCCCUCAAUUUCGAUGAUGGUGGGGAUGCCGAUGAUGCCUACCUCGCCGGAGAUCUGUCUAAGUACCGCAAUUUCUCUUCCCGUCUCCCUGCUUUCUCCUCCUCCGCCACUGCCGCCGUCUUCGGCUGUUGCCGCCGUGUAGUGUGUGUGUUUUAUAUAUAUAUAUAUAUAUUAUUGAGUGUUUGUAUGUAAUAUCUCGAUGUUUAAUUCCAAUGUUUCCUUUUAGAAAUGUGAAA